CCCCCUGCCUGCGGGCAAUAGCGGGGCGGGGCGCGCGCGGCCCCACGUGCGCGGCGCGGCCGGAGCGCAGCGCAUGGAGGCGGCGGGAGGCGCGGACACGGGACCCCCGGGACCCCACGCGCCCGGCAGGGCUCGGCCGGGACAGACCCCGCCCAAGGGCAGGGAGCUCUUCAGGAGCCAGCGCAGGGAGUCCGAGGGCUCCGUAGAUUGUCCCAACCUGGAGUUCGAGUACGGGGACGCCGACUGCCACAGCGCCGAGUUAGCAGAGCUGUACAGCUACACCGAGGAGCCUGAGCUCAGCAGCAACAGGAGAUGCUUCGAGGAGGACUUUCACGCUCAAGUGCCAGGCAGGAGGUGGCUGGAGCUGGAUGUGGCUCGGCAGAAGGCCUACGUCAUGCAUCUGCUGGAUGGACUGGAGGUGGUCAACAGGGACAAGCGGCUCAAAGUAGCACGGGCCAUCCUCUACCUGGCACAGGGUGUCUUCGGAGACUGUGAUAAUGAAGGUGAUGUCCUGCACUGGUCUCGGCACAACAGCUUCCUCCUGUACCAGCUGGGAACCUUCACCGCCUUCCUGGAGCUCCUCAACAUGGAAAUUGACAACAGCCAGGCCUGCAGCAGCGCCCUGAGGAAGCCGGCCAUCUCGCUGGCCGACAGCACCGAGCUCAGAGUGCUGCUCAGCGUCAUGUACCUGAUGGUGGAGAACAUCCGUGUGGAGCAGGAGGCAGACCCCCCGGAGUGGAAAACCUGUCGCGAGACCUUCAGGAUGGAGCUGAGCUUCCCUGUGCACAAUGAAGAGCCCUUUGCUCUUCUGCUCUUCACGAUGGUGACCAAGUUCUGCAGCGGCCACACUCCACACUUCCCCAUGAAGAAGGUCCUGCUCCUGCUCUGGAAGGUGCUUCUGCUCACCCUGGGUGGAUUUGAAGCCCUGCAGGAGAGGAAGGUGAGGAAGCGGGAGGAGCUGGGGCUGCCGCCCUUGCCAGAGGACAGCAUCCAGGUGAUGCGCAGCAUGCGUGCCGCCUCGCCCCCCACCUACUCCAUUGAGCUCAUGGAGCAGCAGCAGCAGAAACGUGGCCACCGCAGCCGGCGGCCCCUGGUGAAGCAAGAUAGUCUGGAUAUCUACAAUGAGAGAGACCCCUUCAAGAAUGACGAAGCUGGAGUCGAUGAAGAGGAGAAUGAUGAUGUGGACAGUGGGAUCGAGGGGGAACUGGACCUGAUGGAGCGGGAGGCGAUCGUCCCCACCAUGCCUGCUCAGCGCCCGCCUAUCGAAAGGGUGUCAUUCCCCAAAGGGCUCCCCUGGGCACCCAAAGUCAGACAAAAGGAUAUCGAGCAUUUCCUGGAAGCAAGCAGGAACAAGUUCAUUGGAUUCACGCUGGGACAAGACACCGAGACACUCAUAGGGCUGCCACGGCCGAUUCACGAAAGUGUGAAGACGCUGAAGCAGCACAAGUACGUUUCCAUCUCAGACAUCCAGAUCAAGAAUGAGGAGGAGCUGGAGAAGUGCCCCAUGUCUCUGGGGGAAGAGGAAGUGCAAGAAACCCCUUGUGAGGUCUUGUACCGAGCAAUGUUGUACAAUCUCCCCCAGUACAUGAUCGCUUUGCUGAAGAUCCUCCUGGCUGCAGCGCCAACCUCCAAAGCCAAGACAGACUCCAUCAACAUCCUAGCAGACGUGUUGCCUGAAGAGAUGCCCAUCACUGUUCUUCAGAGCAUGAAGUUGGGGAUUGAUGUGAACAGGCACAAGGAGAUCAUCGUGAAGAGCAUCUCGGCUUCACUGCUGCUGCUCCUCAAGCACUUCAAGCUGAACCACAUCUACCAGUUCGAGUACGUGUCCCAGCAUUUGGUGUUUGCCAACUGCAUCCCGCUGAUCCUCAAAUUCUUCAACCAAAACAUCUUGUCUUACAUCACAGCCAAAAACAGCAUCUCUGUCCUGGAUUACCCACACUGCACAGUCUGUGAUUUGCCCGAGCUCACUGCAGAAAGCCUGGAAGCCGGAGACAACAACCAGUUCUGCUGGAGAAAUCUAUUCUCUUGCAUCAACCUGCUGAGGAUCCUCAACAAGCUGACCAAGUGGAAGCACUCAAGGACAAUGAUGCUGGUGGUCUUCAAAUCGGCCCCGAUACUGAAGCGAGCCCUGAAGGUGAAGCAGGCCAUGAUGCAGCUGUACGUCCUCAAGCUGCUGAAAAUCCAGACCAAGUACCUGGGACGCCAGUGGAGAAAGAGCAACAUGAAAACCAUGUCUGCCAUCUACCAGAAGGUGCGACAUCGCAUGAAUGACGACUGGGCUUAUGGCAACGAUAUCGAUGCGAGACCGUGGGAUUUCCAGGCUGAAGAAUGCACCCUGAGAGCCAACAUUGAAGCCUUCAACAGCCGGCGCUACGACAAACCUCAGGACUCAGAGUUUGCACCAGUGGACAACUGCCUGCAGAGCGUGCUGGGGCAGCGUCUGGAGCUCCCCGAGGACUUCCACUGCUCCUACGAGCUCUGGCUGGAGCGGGAGGUGUUUUCCCAGCCCAUUCGCUGGGAGGAGCUGCUGCAGUGCCAGUGAGAGCAAUGCCUCCUCUGCCUCUGUCCCACUCUGGGUGCUGUGGGAUGAGGAAAGGAUUAUCUCGGACCUGGGGGUUCGUAAGCACAGCUGGAAAAGCAUCACAGUCUUCCCAAAGAGACCACAGCUCUUUAUUUCUCCCCAGACACCCCCGAGUAUGCCACUGCCACCUUUCUGGUGGACACCCCUUUCCCAUGAUUCCUUGGAGACCAUGUAGUGCCAACUGAUCUACAUGGAGGCCAUGGAGCAGCCUCUAGCAUCGCACCAGUUGCAGCAUGAGGAGCGAGCUUCUCUGGUCCAUACUGCAGAUCGACACGAGCGUAAGAGAGCUCAGAGCUGUCUCCUGGCUGGGUUGACAACUGACAAGGAUCAUAAUCUGUUACCUUUCCACUGCUCCACUUUCCUCUACCACUCCCUUCACUCACCCAUGGCAUGAGAGUAGAAUGGUUGGAACGCUCUGCAGUGUUCGGAGCUGUGAAGGAGGUGAGUGCCACGUUUCUCUCCACCUGAUUGCAGAAAUUAUCCUUCAAAAGCAACGGUAGAUGUCCAGAUAGCUUCUUUCACCACUCUUUAGCCCUUCUAACCCCGGAGGAGAUAGAAAGCAGCAUGUUUAAUACCCUAAUAUUUACACAGAUGUUUCGUUAUCUGGAGGAAUUUUUAUGCCGGGCAUUAAAGCAGGGAGAAGAGGUGCUCCGGGUGACAGCAUACCGCCCCCGGAUGAGGAAGAGAGCAGACGCUGCGGUUGUAACCUUCAGAAUGAGUAGCAUGUUAAACUGUAAGCUUUCUGCAAGCCCAACACCACAACUUUUUGGGUAAAGUCAUGCUGCACGAAGACGGCAGUGGCAGGCAGGUGGGAAGACUUCACGUCCAGCUGGAGUUGUGGGCUGCGCUGAUGGAUGAAUAUGGGCCCCUGGCACCAGGAUGGCUGACAGACCCUUCUUGUGAAAAGGCAGGCUGUGUGUUGCUGCGCUUCCCUAAGGAAGUGACAGAGCCCCCAGAAUCCUCUGCAAAGCUGUAUCAGCCCAGGACUGGGAAUAUGAGAUCUGACCUCACAGCGACAAAACCAGGAGCUCAACUUUUGUCGAAGCAGCAUGUGGCAAUGCAGGGAGGCACUUAGGUCAUACUAUUAUUGAUUUAUUGAGUGAUAAACCCAUGAGUAUUUCUCAUUACAAGAUUUGUGCUCAUUGCUGUGGAAUUCAACCGAGAAUGUUUCCUUAUCAUGGUUUGUAAAAGGCAUUUUUCAGAGAAAUAGCAUUAGUGAACCCGCUCACAGUUUUAAAUCUCCUUUUGUUCAGAAUAAAUCAGAGCAACUUUUAAAGUGCAUGCAUUUACCUAAGCUUUUUUUCCUUCCUGCGUCUUAAUUUCAAUGCCUCUUUUGCUGUUUUGAAGGACAAAAUCACCCUCCACGAAACAAACCAUGAACUCGGCUCAGACCCCUGCCAUCUCCUCUGUCUGCCAAGGAAAGUGCUCCUCUCUGAUGUAUUUCUCUUUCAGCUUAAAACCGUUCCCUUCGUCCUACCCCUGCACUCCCUGGUCAAGAGCCCCUCCCCAGCUUUCCUAUAAGUUCCCCUUUACAUAGGGUGCCACAAACUCAGCCUUAACCUUAAUCCUAACCUUUCCUGCAGAGAGUUGUCCUGCGGACAGUUGGGUGCUGCAGAGUUGCUUCUUUCCACUUAGCAAGUGCCUUUUGCACUUUUUAGGCUGAGCUAGGGGGCAUUGAGAUGAGAUA